ACUCUUCACCACAACUUCUGUUUCAUUCGUUCUGGAAUCUCACAAACUUCUUUGUUUAUUUCUUCUCAAACUUAUAUACAUUAACCUUUCUCAUACCAUCAUGGCUUCCAGGGUGGUUUUUGUUUUGGUGAUGGCGGUGGUGUUGCUUGCCAUGAACUGUAACUGCACCAGUGUUGGCCACAUGCCAUCAACCAAAGAGGAAGGUCGUGAUUUUGAGGAGGCUAAAGCCAAGACCUCACAAACAGCCAACAAGGCCAUGGACACUGGUAAAGAGGGGAAAGAAGCUGCAGAGUCAUGGACAGAAUGGGCUAAAGAGAAACUCACUGAGGGAUUUGGCUUCAAAUAUGAUCAAGAGCCCAAAGAAUCCACCACGAAGAAAGUCUCUGACUAUGCUACCGACACUGCACAGAAAUCAAAGGAAUAUGCUGGUGACACUGCACAGAAAUCAAAGGACUGUGCUGGUGAUGCUGCUCAGAAAUCUAAGGAUUAUGCUUGUGAUACUGCUCAGAAGACCAAGGACUAUGUUGUUGAUGCUGCUCAGAAGACCAAGGAUUCUGCCACUGAUGCUGCACAGAAGACUAAAGAUUAUGCUGCUGAAAAAACCAAGGAAUAUGCCAGUGACGCUGGCGAUGCUGCUAAGAGAACAAAAGAUUAUGCUGCUGAAAAAACCAAGGAAUAUGCCAGUGACGCUGGCGAUGCUGCAAAGAAAACCAAAGAUUAUGGUGCUCAAAAGGCCAGUGAUGGAGCACAGAAGACCAAGGAGUAUGCCAGUGAUGCUGCCAAGAAGACCAAGGACUAUAUCAGUGGUACUGCUCAAAAUGCAGGGCAGAAUAUCAAAGAUUAUGCAAGUGAUGCUGCUCACAAGAGCAGAGAAGCUUCUGAUUAUGCCAGUGACACGGCUCAGAAGACUAAAGACCAAGUUAUUAAUGAUGCUGCUCAGAGAAGCAAAGAGGCAUCUGAAUAUGCCAGUGAUGCGGCUCAGAGAACCAAAGACUAUUCCAGUGACACGGCUCAGAAGACCAAUGAAUACGCCAGUGAUGCUGCUCAGAGAACCAAAGAGAAACUCCAAGACUUUGCUUCUGAGGCUGGUCAUUACAGUGCUGAGAAGGCCAGAGAAAUGAAGGAUGCAGCAGCACAGAAGGCUAGUGACAUAGCAAAAGCUGCCAAGAAAAAAUCAGAAGAAGUGAAAGAGAAUAUAAGGGAUGCUGAGCUUUGAAAUGGCUUCAUGGCCUUAAACUGUUAAUUAUGCCACAAAAGUUGUUGUUGAAUUCUGCAGAAAUAAUGUGUUGUGUUUGUAAAUGUGGGAGUGUGUCUUUAUGUAGUGCACGUCAGGUCAAGGAUGGAAUACUUUGUACUAAAUAUCUAAUAUUUUCUUCUAAGUUUUUUGUUCAAAUAAUAGUUGAUUUUCUUCAGUGGUUUUGAUUAA